UAGAAUAUUGAAAAAUUAACUUGACCUAAAAAAAAAUAUAGCACUACUACAAUUUAUUUUACUAUUUCUCUACUUUAUUUGAGUGAUUUCAUAGAUAAAUGACAACGAUGAACGAUUAUUCCCUUAUUAGUUGAUAAUUAAGUGUGAUAAUUGGCUUUUAGCUAUCGAGGUCUUACUACCAAAAAAAAAAAAGGAAGCCAUAACUUAAUUCAUUAGCCUUUUUCUACGUUCUUCGAAACUGCUAGGUAGCACUAGCUCCCGGAAUCAAGCAUUGGCCACCACACCAAGAUUUGUAAUUUUCCAGUAAAAGAUUUUAUUAAAAAUAAAACAAAAAAAGUUAGGUGACCUAAUAAGAGAGACCUCUCCUUAAUAACUCAAUGAUCAAUUAUAAGUGAUUAAUCAUUUAACUAAGCCUUAACUAACACAACUACUAUAUUUUUCCCUUGCAUGUUUUAAGCAAAUGAUGGUAGGCGCUCGCUCUAGUCGUGCCAAAUCUCUUUAGCAAUCAUUCCUCCUACGUUUUUUGACAGUGAAAUCGAUUUUAAAUUUUUAUUGAGCUCCAUAGGAAAAUAUAAUCAUAAAUUGAGGGGUUUUAUGGUUAAAUCUGAGAGAGAGUAGCUUAAUGGUGCCUCUGUUCUUCAUCACAUACCAGAAAAAGAAAUGAUUCAUCAAAUCCACCUCAAAAACGAAGACUCAAUCCAAAUCUCACCUGCUCCUCCUCCGCUCACCGCGAAUCACUCGUCUAAUCGAAUAAGCCCAAUCCUUCUCUUCAUCAUCGUUCUCCUCUCCGUCGUCUUCUUUAUAUGCAGCAUCCUACAUUUAACGGUCAAAUGUUACUUAAAGAAGAAAAGAUCGAGACUUUCUUCCUCGGCGGCGGAUUCCGAUCGAAACCCAGAACUCUCGGACUCCGACACUUACCAGAGACAGCUCCAGCAGCUGUUCCAUCUCCACGACUCGGGUCUAGAUCAAGCCCUGAUCGAUGCCCUUCCCGUGUUUCUCUACAAAGAGAUCAACGGGUCCAAAGAGCCGUUCGAUUGCGCAGUGUGUCUCUGCGAAUUCUCGGAAGACGAUAAGCUCAGAUUGCUUCCGAUUUGCAGCCACGCUUUCCACAUCGAUUGUAUCGACACGUGGCUUCUCUCGAACUCGACGUGUCCGCUCUGCAGAGGAACCCUUUACCCUCUAGGGCACCAAUUCGAAAACCCGGAUUUCAAUUUCGGGUUUUUCGCCGGAGAAGAUGGAGAUAGGGCUUCUCCGGGGGAGAAACCGGCGGAGAGUGAUAUCAUGAGUGGGAAGAGAGUGUUCUCAGUGAGGCUUGGGAAGUUCAGGAGCACUAAUAUUAAUGAAGGUGAAGGAGGAGAGACAAGUGGGUGUGUGAGUGUGAACAGUAGUCUUGACAACAGGAGAUGUUUCUCAAUGGGGUCUUAUCAGUACAUAGUGGCUGAAUCAGAUCUGGUGGUGGCUUUGUGUCCUAAUAAUGAAGGUUUGAAGAAUGUGAAAGGAGAGACUGAGAGUAAUGUUGAAGGGAAGAAGCUAAACAUGAGAAAUAAAGGUGAGAGCUUUUCUGUGUCAAAGAUUUGGCAAUGGUCUAAUAAAAGAUCAAAGUUUGCAAACCAAGCAGAAACCAAUCUAGUGGCUUCUUCUUCUGCAUCUUCCUCCUCUUAUGCUUGUUCUGGUAGUACAGUUGGUGCUGGGUUUUCAUUGAAUGGAAGGAGAUUUCAGGGGCCAUGAUAAAGAGAGAAUGGGGUUAGGUACAGAUCAGGGUGUAGCUAAUUUUCUGCUGUUGAUUUAAUUAAAUCAUUGAUUUUGAGCUUUUUUGAAAUUCUUUUUGUUAACACUAUAUACUGUAGUGGUGGUCUUUUGUGUCUUUGUAGCUGAAUCUCUUUGUGUUUGUUAAGAGGAGAAUAAGCUUUGUUCUUUGAUUAAGUUUUAUGUGAUGCUUAUUUUAAUC